GCUUUCGCCUCAUCACCUAGACGUCGCACCUCGCCUGCUCACCGACAGCCACGCCGUGCCGGAGGCGGCGCCCGAACCGUUGAUGAUGGCACAACCGGUGCCUCAUCAGACGACCGAUAAGAGACGCGUCAAGGUGUACGAGCUUCGCCACAAUGACUGGUUCGACCGCGGUACCGGCUUCUGCUUUGCAAGCUUUGUCGCCGUCGAGGAAGGCCAACCGAAAGAGCCCCGCGUGUUUGUCGAGUCCGAAGACCAACCAGAGCGCCUUCUCCUCGAGACCAAGAUUGUCAAGGACGAUGGCUUCCAGAAACAGCAAGGCGCGUUCCUGCCGUCUCCGCCAUACUCCUGCCCGUUUCUAAUGUCUUUCUAG